AUGGAAUUUGAUCUAGAUCCUACUUUGGAAUCAAUCGUACAGCAAGACUCCUUGAAAUGGAUUUUUGUAGGAGGUAAAGGUGGAGUUGGAAAGACCACGACAUCGUCUUCAGUUGCAGUUCAAUUGGCAUUGGCAAAACCUGAGCACCAGUUUCUUUUAAUAUCUACGGAUCCAGCACAUAACUUGUCAGAUGCUUUCUGUCAGAAGUUUGGAAAGGAUGCUAGAAAGGUAGAGGGAUUACCCAACUUGUCUUGCAUGGAAAUCGAUCCCGAGGCUGCAAUGUCAGAUUUGCAAGAACAGGCAUCGCAAUACAACAAUGAUCCUAAUGAUCCCUUGAAGAGCAUUAUGUCUGAUAUGACGGGUUCUAUUCCAGGUAUUGAUGAAGCCUUGUCGUUUAUGGAAGUUUUGAAGCAUAUUAAGAACCAAAAGGUUGAUGAGAAUGAUACGAAAGACCCGUCAGCAAUUGCGUAUAAGACAAUCAUUUUUGAUACUGCACCAACGGGACACACAUUAAGAUUCUUGCAAUUACCAGCAACGCUAGAAAAAUUGUUAUCCAAGUUCCAAGAUUUGUCUGGGAAAUUAGGUCCAAUGUUGAGCAUGUUAGGAGGGGGCCAGAAACAAGAUAUCUUUAACAAAUUGAAUGAAGUGCAAAAAAAUGUAUCUGAAGUUAAUGAUCAGUUCACAAAUCCUGACCUUACCACUUUCAUCUGUGUCUGUAUAUCUGAAUUUUUGUCUUUGUAUGAAACAGAGAGAAUGAUACAAGAAUUGAUGUCUUACAAUAUGGAUGUGAACUCCAUAGUAGUUAAUCAGCUUUUGUUUGCUGACAAUGAUACCACACCCUGUAAGAGAUGUCAGUCAAGAUGGAAAAUGCAAAAAAAAUACCUCGAUCAAAUGAAAGAAUUAUAUGAAGACUAUCAUUUAGUAAAGAUGCCUUUAUUGGGUUGCGAAAUUAGAGGAAUUGAAAAUCUUAAAAAAUUUUCUAAAUUCUUAUUAAAACCGUACGAUCCAAAGGAGGAUGGUGAUAUUGUGUUUGACUUAGAGGAGAAAUAA